CGCCGGGGAGGCUGUGAGGGAAACGGUGCCCUCGGCCUGAGGAAAGCUGCGCCCCGCCGCCUCACAGGAGCGUGGGCUGAAGGACGCGCCUUGCCCGUGUAAAACCCGCUCGCUGCCGGCCCGCAGCACGGCCCCAACAGUGCGCCAGCACCCACCGGAGCUGGUGCGCAUGCGCCGGGGCCGCCCCGCCCGGCAGGAACGGCGCGCGUGCGCGCUGCCUCAGGCGGCGGGCGCAGCCAUGUUCGGCGGGCAGCGGCGGCUGGCUCGCCUCAGCCAUGUUCGGAGGGCAGCGGGGCCCGCGGCGCCGGGGCGGCGGCGGGGAGCCGGGGGAGCUGCGCAGUUCUGUGCAACAUCCAUACUGCUGGCAUCAAGUACAGGAAUGUAGAAACUGGAAUGAUUCAGAUUCUUUGGUGUUUGAUGAAUAUCAACGUAGACAUUUAGACCAAUGGCUGGAGAGCUCUACAGCACCAGAACAUUCUAGGCCUCUUUCUAGUUACCCUGACUGGGAAAGUAGAAUUGAAGAAGACAAAGCAAUGAGAACAUCUAAAAAAAUUAUGAAUUCUGUUUCAAGUGAUUCUGCUAAUCCAGCUGAAAGGGAAACCGAUGAAGUGGUUCUGAGGAGAAGACAGAAACAGAUCAACUUUGGAAAGAAUACUCUUGCAUAUGACAGAUAUAUUAAAGAAGUUCCAAAGAAUCAGCGAAUACCAGGAGUGCAUCCUAGAACUCCCAACAAAUUUAAGAAGUACAGCCGCAGGUCCUGGGACCAGCAGAUCAGGUUAUGGAAGAUAGCACUGCAUGCCUGGGAUCCUCCUACUGAAGAAACCUGGGAUCUGCAGCCAGUUACAGAACCCUCAGGCAGUUCCCAGGAAUGGUUCUGCAAAGACGAGGAUGUUUCCGGCUCCUUUGUAUUUGAUGAAAAGCAGAAAAACGAGUGUGAAGAUGAAUGCAGACAGACUGACCACGCACUGGAGAGUCCCUGUUCUCCAGAUUCUUCUCCAGUCUGGAAACGCAGAAAAAGAAACAAUUCUGACUCCUCUGGGGUUUCACAGAGCAAAAAACAUUAUGUGCAUAUGUGCCACACACUGGAAAGUCUUACUGAAUCAGGAUGUCAGGAGGCUUUUUCAAAGUGCUCAGAGUGGGAAGCCUUUGGUGAAAAUAACGAAGUAAUGACAGUACAGCAUGGUAUAGAAAUAACAAGUGACCCGAUUCCAGCUAGCUGUUCUUCAGGAUGGAACAAUCAGAAACAGAAAAAAACUAACUUCAUUCUGCCUGACAGCAAAAUUUGCAGAGGUACAGACUGCAGGCUGGAGAGGCUUAAACUUUGUAGCAGUUUAUUGGAAGGACAUCAGCCAGAAUACCCUGAAAGGGGAUGGGGAAGUGCAAGUGCUGAAGGUAGAAUAAUGAGGAAAAAAAUUUAAAUACCAAGUCUCUCUUUGUAUAUAGAAGUAUCGAAGAAGGACUUUCUCCUGUGACAGAAAAUGAUUUGAAGAAUAGGGUUAUAGUCGUGAGAUCAGCAGAUCAAGUCUUGGAAAACUGAUGCAGUCGCAUAAAAUCUGUACUGAAAAAGCAAGAGAUUUACAGUCAGCAUAUGUGCAAUCAACGUAAGGUGAAAUGUGCAGGUUUCUCCAGUUCUUUAAGGAUAGUUUUCUGCAAGCUCUGCCUCAAGUGUAAAACUUCAGGUUUCACUAAGCCUGUGCUACAAUGAUGAUGGAUGUUCCUUAAAGCUUUUGCGAGAACGUUUCUGCUGUACCUGUGUUGGCAGAUGACAUGUGCAUCGUUAUAAAGGCUGUUUCAGUUGAUGGAUCCUGCUGUUGCCAUUUGGAGAUCGUGCUACUUAGCAUGCUAAUGUUACGCUGGUGAAUUGGUCCAAUAUUGAGUCAAUCUGCAGAAUGCCACCCUUUAAACGAAGGAGUUAAACUCUGUUUCUUUUACUGGACCAGAAUUGUAACAUCCAACCUGAAGAACUGCUUCAAAAGAAUGUACAUAACUGUAACCUUUCUCCAGUUAAACUGUUCUUAGCUUUUGGAUUGGUUGCUCAUCCAUUUGGCCUUAUUUACUGUUCUCUGAGAUAAGAUAUAUUAAGCUUGAAUUUGUCUGUGCCUAGUGAGAGAAAAGAGAGAGCAAGGGCAGAUGGUUUAUCAAAAUCUGAUCCCUCUCUUUAAGGGGGUAAGUGACUGUAUGAACAGCAACACAGUGUAAAUACCUGGAUUUUGCUUUUAUGUUAUUGCAUCCUGACCUGAAGAGACAAUCUACUGCUAAGGGUAUUAAGAGGAUGAGUUCAGUGCCUGCUGUUCCUACAGGAAUUGGAGGUGAGCAGCAGCAUUUGCAGGUUUGGAGCUGCUUCUGGGCACGGGCUGUCUGGGCUAAGGGUGGUGAUGGUGUUGAGAUAGGCUCUCCUUUGUUUUACUCUUCUAGCACUGUGAUCAGAAGGUCAAAGUGAGGGCUGUGGCUACAGUAGAAUUUAGACCAGAUUCAUGUGCCAGUUACAAGAAUUUUUUACAGCCCUUGUGGCAUUUUGUGUGUCAUGUACUGGGAUACAAAUGCCUGGUAGAGCUGGGAAUUGUCUCUCUGUAGGAGUUUGGUUGGUGGUUUUUUUUUUUUGCAAGACCACUGCAGAACUAUGUCAGGCCUAGGGAUGACACACAGUGGCCUUGUUGUGGGGCUGGCAGUGUACCCAAGGGCCAAAAACCUAUUGUGCUGCUGAUGUGGGAGUAAGCUGCUUCCCCAGGAACUACUCCCAGUCCCUUCUAAAACAUGAUUUCCUAGCAUGCUCGGGCAUAGCGUUCAGUAGUGUCCCAGCACAAGGGUGGCUCAGUCACACACCACAGAGCACUCAAGUGUGUGUAUAGUAGGAACACAGUUGUACAGCAGUUUUCUAAGAAGUAAUAGUAAGAAUAACUUAGAACCUUGUUGUUCCAGCCUGCAUGCUUUCAUGUGAUUUAUGGUGAUUGUAAAUACAGGAAUGUGUUAAAUUUUUGGCAUUUUGUCUUUAUGCAGCAGAAUUAAAGACUUUAACUUUAAAGAUC